AUGGCGAGCAAGACAGCUGCGCUCAUGCAGCUCAAGUCACACAUCAAGCUCUCCUCAUCAGCAACGCCGGCUCUCCAGAGCUCGAGCUGGUACCUCAUCGCAGCAGCCACAAGUACAGCUCUCGGCAUAGCACCCGCAUGGGUUCCUAGUGUCUAUCGUACAGCUGUGGCAGAUCUGCCGAGCCUCAAAGCACCGGCGACGCGCGCGUAUGCCGACGAUCCAUCACCCCGGCGGAGAGUCGUUCGUCAGCUCAAAGAAGCCAUCUUCAAGAGUCACGUUCUGAUUGGCAUACCGAAGGCAAUCGAAGCGAGCUUAGCCCUCAAGGCAGCCCUAGACGACGGUGACCGCGACACUACUUUUGUGCGCAAGGACUUUGCAUUGGACGAUGUCAAUGCCAAGAGAGGCAUGAGCGGGUUGCGCAGAGUAUACAGAUCGAACCUGGACGGGAUAUUCGAUGCGUUCGGGGACGAACUGCAGGAAAUGCAGUGGAUCUCUCAGAAUGUGACAUACGGACUCUUCCUUGCGGCCACUACAGACGACCCGAGCACGCCUGCUGCGAGUCUCGACUGGCAAGAGACAGAAGUCGUCAUACUGUCUUGUCUGAUUGCGCAAGGUGCCAAACGAGAGACGCUCUGGCAUCUCCGUGGUGCUCAAAGGAGCGGGCUCUCCAAUGACGAUAUCGAACAUCUCCAAUGCGCCAUCGAAGAGGCUAUUCGCUCGCAAGGCAAAGACAUCGUGCCUGACAUGCCCCGAGCGAGAGAUAUCAAGGAGCAGGACGACCUGUCUGCCGAGAGCGAGGAUUAG